AUGGAUGAGGGAGAAGGAAGCAAAUUGGGAGCUUCCAGCGGGGAUGAGAUUGACACCUCUCGACUCUUACGAGGAAUAGCUCAUCAGAUUAGGGAAGUGAUGAGACGAGAUUUUGGGGGAUCAAGCUACCCACCAGUGCACCAUGGUUGCAUGAUUGAUCAAUUUACCUAUCUGAAACCCUCAUCCUUUGAGGGUAGCACUGACUCGAUUAAGGCUGAAAUGUGGAUGCAAGAAAUGGAAAAGUUACUGGUAGUGUUGAACUGCACCGAGGAGCAAAAGGUUCUUUUCACCACCUUCAAACUGGCUAGAGAAUUUGAACAGUGUUGGCAUGCAAUGAAGGUCUUGGAGGAACAACGAACAUAUGCUGCUAAAUUUCUAGAACUAUCUCGAUUUGUACCUUCUAUGGUUCUAGAUGAAUACCAAAAAGUGAGGUGGUUUGAAAGGGACCUAAAUCAAAGGAUUCAUGAGCAUAUGGCGUGUUUGCAGAUUCAGAACUUCACGAAAUUGGUGGAGAAAGCUACUGUUGCAGAGUCGGUUCUGCAGAGAGAACUAUCUCGCUUUGCACCUUCUAUGGUUCCAAAUGACUACCAAAAGAUUCAGGAUUUUGCGGAAUUGGUGGAGAAAGCUACUGUUGCUGAGUUGAGUCUGAAGAGAGGUACAGAGGCAUCAGAACGAAGGAAAAGGCCUCCUUCUCCUCGUUCCCAAGCAAGUGUUAAACAAAUAUCAUGGAGGGGAGAUAAAGAUGUUGCAGGGCAAGGGUCAGAGAGGAAUGAUCGGGGACGACAAGGUGAUUCACCAUGUGCAAAGGCAUGGAUGAAGGAGGAGGAAACAAAUUGUGAGCUUCCAGCGGGGAUAAGAUUGACACCUCUCGACUGUUACGAGGAAUAG